UUCCAUCUAUUUUUACAUUACUUUUCUAGCCUGUUCGAAACUGUUGGACAUCCUUGUUAUAUAAAAUAUGAUAUUGCAUUAUGCUAUUUUAGUUUUGCGUUAAUUUAAACAAGCCCGAGGAAGGAUUGGAGUGAGACAUUUUUCUCGAGCAUUAUUGGAUAGUGUAUCAAUUGAGUGUAGUUUAAGACACUGAAGUUUAUAGCAUUAUGCUGUAUCAAUAGCUUCAACCCCAUCACAGCUGUUGUUGUUGUUGUUGGUUACUUUUUCAAUCAUGAUGGACUUUUCUACUCUUUUUCAUGACAAAAUAGUUCUGGAUAAAUAAUAAGGCUCCACUGAUGUUCCAAAUAUGACAGGACAGACAACUCUUGUAUGCCUUAGUGUACUGCUGAUUAUCUCACAUGUUGUAUCCAGUUUUCAAACAAAGGGAGAGCAAUGUGAACGAUGUUGCCGGGGAGACCCUGGACCUUCUGGUAUACAUGGGCAGCAUGGGUUACCAGGGGCAACAGGAACAGAGGGCAGAAAAGGCGACAGAGGUGAAAAAGGAUACAAGGGGGAUAAAGGUGAACGUGGACCUAUUGGAGAAACUGGUUUAAAAGGUUCAAGGGGUAAGAAAGGUCACAAAGGUCAAUGUGGAAAUACAGGCAAUGAUGGGGAUAAAGGACAACAAGGACCAAUGGGUCCAUUUGGCCCAAAGGGGGAUAAAGGCAAUAAAGGUGAAAAGUGUGUGCCAUCUCCAAGAAUUGCAUUCUUCGUGACAAGAAAGUCAAAAUUUGGUCCAGUACAUCAAGAUACGACAAUAGAGUUUGAUAAAGUGUUCCUAAAUCACGGCGAAGCAUUUGACGAACUUACAUCACAUUUUGUAUGCAAAAUCAAUGGGACAUACCUCUUCAAUGCUCAUGUGUUAAGUCAAGACGAGACUGAUGCUUUCGUAAUGAUUAUGUUAAAUGACGAACCACGCGUUCCAAUGCAUGGCGACCAUCGAUCCGGAUACGGUGUGGCCAGUAAUACCAUCAUACUACACCUGACCACCGGUGAUCAUGUAUGGCUGAGGCUUAAAGAAGGUUCGGCAAUAUCGAAUGACUCGUCAACGUUCUCUGGGUAUCUACUAUAUGCCGAUUAGUAAUCAUUUCACGCAGGAAAUCUCUAUUAUCUUGCCAAACAACUCAUUUACAUCGAGAUCACAGCUUUCCUCAAAAAUUUGCUAUACUAAUACAAAAAAAAAGAUAUUUAAGUGAUAACCUCAUAUAUUAUGAUGAAUUCAACAUCGUCUGCACAAAAAUGGUUUUAUGAAAAGUCAAUUAACACUUUUGUGUGACACAUUCAUGUAUAAUUUUCACAGGAUUUCCAAAUAGGGCAUUAAAUUUAGAACAAUACGAAUAUCUGGUCUUAAUGUAAAUAUACUUAUAGUAUAAUUAAUGGUUGUGAUAAAAUGUUGUAGUCGUCCAAUUUUUGUCUUUAAAUUCAUAUUCAUAUAAAUUCAUAUUCAUAUAUAUAUGAUUUUAUCAUAUAAUCUAAAAUUGUGUUAAAAAAUAACUUCUGAAAUUAUUUUAUUGCCAACAAUGAUAGUAUUACAAAAGGAUUUUGCAUAUGUUAUGUUCUGUAACUAAUUGGGUAUGCAUAAUUAUUUACCAAAAUCUGG